GGCCGCGGCCGCUCCGAGCGAGCAGCGCCGGCUCCGCUUCCUUCUGCUGACGUAGAUCCUCUCUGCAGGGCCAUGGCGAGCGAUUUCUACCUCCGAUACUACGUGGGGCACAAGGGGAAAUUCGGACACGAGUUCCUCGAGUUCGAAUUCCGGCCUGACGGGAAGCUGCGCUACGCCAACAACAGCAACUACAAGAACGAUGUGAUGAUCCGAAAGGAGGCUUAUGUGCACAAGAGUGUGAUGGAAGAGCUGAAGAGAAUAAUCGACGACAGUGAAAUCACGAAAGAAGAUGAUGCUCUGUGGCCUCCUCCUGACAGAGUGGGCCGACAGGAGCUCGAGAUAGUAAUUGGUGACGAGCACAUCUCCUUUACCACGUCAAAAAUCGGUUCCCUCAUUGAUGUAAAUCAGUCUAAAGAUCCAGAGGGCUUGAGAGUAUUCUACUACCUGGUCCAAGACCUUAAAUGUCUCGUCUUCAGUCUUAUUGGACUCCACUUCAAGAUUAAGCCAAUUUAAAUCAGACAAACUGAAGUUUCUGUUGCAAUGUUAGCAGUAGAGAUGGGAAGGGAGGAUCCUGUUCCAGUUCUUCAUUGUUUCUGAAAGGUUUUUGUACUUCAGAUUAUUUUUUUGAUUGUUAUUUUGUUGUUGUUACAAACUGUCAGUGACUCAAUAAAAGGGUAAGAUUUGCGUUUUUAAUUUUUAA